AUGGAGACAAUAGAUGACUUCGAUACCAUUGACGUGGAAUUGGAUGAGUUUUUCAAACACAAACAAAGAAGUCGAUGCAAAUAUGAGUUCCUAAAUACUGUCACAGACGAAGCGCUUGACGAAUGCACCAUACCUGAGAUAAACCUAAAUGAUUUGGAAGGAAUGUCGGAAGAUGAAGCACCACAGGAGAAGCAGAGUGAUAGUGAAGGUGACGAUGAAGACAAAUUGCAAUUUCAAUAUUCAACCCAUGAUUCGAAGGUGAAAUGGAACAAUAUGAAGCCAGUUCUUGGAGAGAGGUAUGAAUCACCACACCAACUAAAGCUUUGUUUGAAAAACUACUCUAUAAGUAGGGGUUAUCCAAUUAGGUUCAAGAAAUGUGAUAGCGUAAGGCUCGUGGCUGUAUGUGCAAGUGACCUUGAGAAAUUUCAAUGUCCCUUUGUUGUAAGGGCAUCAUGGAUGAGCACUAAAAGAUCAUUCCAAAUCAAAAAAAUGGUUGAGCAACAUACCCGUGUUAGGAAUUUCCGUAGUGCUAAUCUUAUGGAUCCCACAUGGAUAGCUAGGCAGUUUCUGAAGGAGAUGAUUAGGAAACCAAAUCUGAAAUUUAAGGAAAUGCAAGCUAUUAUUCAAAUCAGGUUCCAUUGCAAGGUUUCAUGGUCAAAAUGUUACAGAGCAAAGUGUAGGGCAAUUUCUUUAAUAGAUGGAAAGUUGAGUGAUCACUAUGUAAAAGUUUGGGAUUAUGGACAUGAACUAAUGAGGUCUAAUCCAGGGAGUACAAUUCAAAUAUUUGUCACUGUAAACCCUGAUAACACUAUUACUUUCCAUAGAGUGUAUACAUGUUUUAAGGCUAUCAAAGAAGGAUGGAAAGUUGGUUGUCGAAGAGUUAUAGGGCUUGAUGGGAGUUUUUUGAAAGGACAAUGUAAAGGUGAGCUGCUAACUGCCAUAGGGAGGGAUGCAAAUAACCAUGUGUAUCCCAUUGCUUGGGCAGUAGUUGAAAAUGAGAACAAGCCCAACUGGCAAUGGUUCUUAGAACUAUUACAUGAUGACCUGGAAUUACAAGGAGACUUGGAUUUGUGUGUUAUUUCUGAUCAACACAAGUUGUAUGCAAAUUUCAGAAAGGUCUUCAGUGGUAUAGAGUUCAAGAAUAUGUUUUGGACAGUUGCCAAGUCAACUGUUGAAGGAGACUUCAAAUUGAAUAUGGAGAAGAUCAGAGAAGUCAAUCCUGCUGCUUAUCAUCAUUUGAUGGCAAAGGAGCAUAAAUCUUGGUGCAUGGCAUUUUUUAAAGGUGGAAUGGCAUGA